AUGUCUGCCGCUCCUACCCCAGCUGCUGGCCAGGACUACAAGUCCAGCCUGCUCGACACCCUCAUCCGCAAGAAGGUCCUCGCGUUCGACCACACAUACACCUUGAAGUCCGGCCGUGAAUCGCCCUACUUCUUCAACUCCUCCCUUCUCCACACCGCACCCCUGCUACGCGCUACCUCGUCCGCAUACGCUAGUGUUAUUUCCUCCCCUCCCUUUGUCGACGAUCUCGGCAAGCCUACCUUCGACAUUAUCUUCGGACCCGCAUACAAGGGUAUUCCCAUCUGCGCAGCUGCCAUCAACGAGCUGGCGGUACGGGACCAUCUCUCAGGAACCAACAAUUGGGACAAUGUCAGCUACUCUUUCAAUCGGAAGGAGGCCAAGAGUCAUGGUGAGGGUGGAAGUAUCGUUGGCGCCCCUCUGAUGAUCCCAGAGGACCAGCGGGAGAACACUCCUCCGAAGCGCGUCGUCAUUGUCGACGAUGUCAUCACUGCCGGUACCGCCAUUACUGAGGCCAUCAACAUUAUCAAGAAAAACGGGGCUGUGCUUGUUGGCAUUGUCGUCUUGCUGGACCGGGAGGAGCUUGGGCCAGGAGAGAACGAAACCAGGAGUGCUAUUGGUGCCCUCCAGAGCAAGCUCCCAACCCUGCUCCAUGACCAGUAUAACCACGAGGACGAAGAGAAGAGACAGGAGGUCCAUGUUCGUUCUGUGCUUGGUCUGCAUGAUCUGAUCGAUCACCUCGAUGAGAAGGAUCACGAAAACGAUAUUAAGCGUCUGAAGGCAUACCGUGAGAAGUGGGGUGCUCAGUAG